AUGGCACCACGGAAAAACGCGAAGAAAGCCGAGGCGGUCGACGAGCCGGCCGGCUCUGGUUCUCAAAAAAGUACAAAACUUCUACCCGCUGAAUUUGUUGACAAGCCUCGAGGGGUUAGAUUACCGAGGUUAGCUAAAAGUAGAAUGCCGGAAUCGUUAGCGGAAUCACCUCUGGAGUCAAAAAGUGCUGCAAGCAAGGCGAGGCGAGCAAGGAAGGCUCUAGCAAAUAAAAAUGAAACUACUGAGAAAGAGCCUGCCGAGCCCGAGUCAAGGAAGGCCCCGGCAAAAAAAAAUCAGACUACUGAGGAAGAGCCUGCCGAGCCCGAGGCAAGGAAGGGCCCUGCAAAAAAAAAUCAAACUACUGAGAAAGAGCCUGCCGAGCCCGAGGCAAGGAAGGGCCCUGCAAAAAAAAAUCAAACUACUGAGAAAGAGCCUGCCAAGCCCGAGUCAAGGAAGGCCCUGGCAAAAAAAAAUCAGACUACUGAGGAAGAGCCUGCCAAGCCCGAGGCAAGGAAGGGCCCUGCAAAAAAAAAUCAAACUACUGAGGAAGAGCCUGCCGAGCCCGAGGCAAGGAAGGUGACAACGGCAGAACGAGUAGCUUCACCUGAGAAGACUAAGGCAUUGAAAGAUACGACACCAUCACCUAAGAGAACAAGGACAGCUAUUAGGAAGCGAAAGGGUAAAGUUGCCAAGGUUACUGUGAAAGUCAUGAUUACUGAAACUACUUCCGAUAUCAAAGUCUCAAAUGAUAAUGAAAAAGGUAUAAUAUUACUACUGUUUUUAUUUAUGGUAUUAAGCCAUAUAUCUUUAGAAUAA